CAAACCAAAAGUUAGAAAUGCUAAAACGUGGGCAAUGCCAAAACUAGGCCAAAUCUACGAUGAGGGUUUGAGGCCAUGCCAAUUGUGUGCAAGGUAAAUGUAUGUAUGAAGAAGAAUGAGUCUUUGGACUAAGGCCAUUAUUAAAUUAUUUGAAACUUAUGUGAAUUUCGAGGUCCACAUGUCAUAAACAUUCUUUUCAAUCAAAAUGUAGGCAAGUGGGAUCUUGUUUUGUAAAUUUAAUUGCAAUGACCACCUCAACGGGGAGUAGGUUUGCGAGAACCGAACCUCGGUAAAACAAAUCCGCGUGUCACAUUCUUCAUUCGCUUGCGAUUUGUUUUGCACCCUCUCUCUCGGACUCUUUAUUAUUUCUAACGCUAACCCGGCUUGUAGUUGUGUUUAUAUUUGUAAAUUUCAGUUUCGCCCUAUUCACCCCCCCCCCUCUAGGCAACUUUAAGGGUGUCGAGGAUCCAGGAGAAGACAACGUAAUUUAAUCGGCACUAGGCCUGUGUCGGCACAGCCACGUCGAUGAGGAUGUGGGCGUCAAGGACGUAGCGGUGGAGGGUCGGCAGGACCUGAUCACGCCAGCGAGUGUACUGGGCCGAGUCCGAGGCAAGGACAACGGAGACGAGGGCCUAGAUGUUGUGGAGCCCCACCGCCUGAGCGUGGAGGCUGGCGAUGAUUGACGCGUCGGGUGCGAGGAGGGUGUCGUCGUCGCCGAUGUCAUGCACGGAGUGAGAGGCAUCGCCCGGGACUCCUCCAAACUGAUGGAGCCCAACAAACUAGCACUCGACGGUCGCACGCUCCUGUUGCCAGGCACAGGCGGCAGCCUGCGCGCGUUGAUGGGCGGUUGCAAGGUUGACGGGAGCGCAACGCUAAGAGGUGGUGAAGGCCAACGGGUGGUUGUAAACCGGUGGCGAGAGCGUGUCGACCCCCCCCCCCCCCCCCCCAGUGAGGCCGAGAUUGGCACUCACCAUCAGUGUUAUUAAAACUACGUUUAAACGUCGAAACUCUAAUUAGAGGUUGAAACCACGUUUUAGCGUUCUAAUUUCUAAACUAUAAAACACGAUGUUUCAUGCGUUUUAGACCAUUAGCUACUUUUGGGCCCAGUUUGUUAGUUACUUUUGGGGUCCAAUCCGGCUCAUGGGUGAUGUUUUGGUAAGCCACUAACCUCUUUUUUUUGGUACUUAACUUCAUGUUAUUGUCUAAAAUUAUGAUAUAUUGGUAUUUUUCCUAUGUUGUUUAAAACUACGCUUAAACUUUGUUUAAACAUUUAAAAGUCAAAACUUCACCCAUGAGCAUUUCAACGUUUUAUCGUUUUAAUAACCUUGCUCACCAUACCCAUGUACAGAAAGUGCGGAGCCAAAAGCUCGAUACAAAGAGUAGCGGCGUCGGGCAGAGAAACGUGUGGCGUGGGCGCGGCUUCCCACAGCACGGUCGUGUAGAGGGCGUCGAGGGAGGCAGGGGAUCCGAUAUCAUGUUAGUGGGACUGAAACCCUAACCCUAACCAGAGUUAGAAGAUGUAUUUAUAAUAGGUGUAGUUAGGGCCUAAGCCCAUUACACAAAUACAACACAUUACAAUAGACAUUACACAGUAGCUCUAACAAUUAACAUUGUUUAUUGGUGCAAGGGUCCCGAACUUUAUAAUAGUAAUGAUACCUCAGAACACAUACUAGAACAAUUGUAUAUUAAGUAGCAUAUGGUUCAGAGCUAUCUUCCAGAGCUAUCUUCCAGAAAACAACCUACCUAGUGACCAUGCAUAUUGUACAAAAGAUAGCAUGCAUGGUGCUCAGUAAACUCACCAAAAACAUAUAAAAAUAACUAUUGUGAGUACAAAUUUGACACCGCAUCUAUGCUAUUAACAAGUUAACAUGUGUUGUUCCAUUCAUCAACAGAACGGGUAGACCUAGUUUCGGAGGCUCCUGCAUAAGUGUGGUCUGUGAUGGAACAAGUCUUGAGCAUCUAGAGGACAGCAGUCGCUUUUUGACUGUCCUCUUUUGUCUCUUUAGCAUCUAGAGGACAGCAGUCGCUUUUUGACUGUCCUCUGUAGUCUCUUUAGCAUCUAGAGGACAGCAGUCGCUUUUUGACUAUCCUCUGUAGUCUCUUUUAGCAUCUAGAGGACAAUCCUGUUGUGUAGUGUGUGUGAGAAGGUGUGGUAGUGCAGCCUCUAGGGCUAUAAAUAUGUGUCUUCAACCCUUAGAUGGGUAUGGCAUUUUUGAGUAGUGUGUGAGAAAUAAACGAAAAUUGCCCCAACUCGUAGUGUCAUCCUCUCGAUGAGAGUUAGAGUCCCGCUGCUUACAAUUGGUAUCAGAACCAAACUAUCCUGCAGCCUAAACAUCUCGUGCUCAUCUCCUUCCCGCGCCUCACCCCACACUCAGUCGGCAGCAAGAGCUCCAAUUGUUCCUUCCUCUCCUGGUCAGACGAGCAACCUUUCGUCUGAGAUCACUGAUUACAUAUCGUCCGACUAAUCGCGAUUAGUCGCGAUUAGUCGGUCUGAUCGGUUGUUAGAACUCGAUAAGGUGUAACGAUUCGAUCAGGGUAGCUGAUCGUCCUUAUCGUCCGCCUAAUCGCGAUUUAUAGCGAUUAAUCGCCGUGUUGGGCGAUCAGCCGAUAGGCCUGGUAGUCCAAAAGCCAUUUUAGACUUAACUGCUGUCUGGGGGAGGCCAAAGGACGCCCAAUCCCUUCAGAUGCAUCCUGGGUAGACGUGAGCAGUCAGCAGUGCUUUAAAUGCUGUCUGGGAGGUGACCAGCCUUCUCCCCCAUUUUAGACGUGAGCAGUGCUUUAAAUCCUGGGUAGACGUGACCAGCCUUCUCCCCCAUUUUAGACGUGAGCAGUCAAGCAGCAGCAGCCUUCUCCACCAUUUUAGUCGCGAAAAACAGCAGCUGAGAAGUCCAACCGAAGAUGAGCUGCUUUUGCCUGUUCUUCACUCUUUGUUCUCUGCUCUCUCCCCCCCCUCUGUUCUUCAUUCCUCUUUGUCCAGCAAGGUCUGGACUCUUGAGGCAGAGCUGCUAUUAAGAUGUUUGACGUCGCAGAUAUGCAUGGACAUCAUGGUGAUGGACGUCGUGUUGCUGCUGUUCAAGUCAUCUUCCCACAGUCCCAAAUUGCCCGAGGGAAGGCGUCCUCUGCGGCUGAAACUGGCAGCACAGAUCAUGUUCCAUCGGCGUCGUCAACUGCUGCAGACUCAAGCACGCUUGCUGACAAGGCAAUAGCAGGUCUGCCUCCAGACCUUGCUGAACAAGCUAACGAUUCGAAGCGGAAGGCUAAGUCACAGGACCCUGGCUGGAAGUUCGGUUGGUGGCCUGAUCCGUCUAAGAAGGAGUUCGUGCAAUGUAUCUUUUGCAUGAAAGUGGUGCCCUCUGGAAUAAAGAGGUUCAAACAGCACCUCGCCGGCAGAUUCGGCGACACGAUGAAGUGUGCAAGGGUCCCAGAGGUUGUUUCAAAGGACAUGCAAGCUUAUCUUAAGAAGAACACAAGGUCUGCACUUGUUUUGGUUGACGAUGAAAGUAUAGAAGGAGAAGACGAUGCUGCUGCUGCCCCCGUUUCAAAGGACAUGCAAGCUUAUCUUAAGAAGAACACAAGGUCUGCACUUGUUUCUCAAGCUGCAAUGUCCUCCUUUGUUGUUUCUGCUCCUCCGAAGCCAGUUACUCAAAAAGGUAGUAAAUCAGUAGCUGCCAUGCUUUGCAAGAGCCCAGAAGAAGUGAUUGCUGAACGGCACAGCAACAAAGCUUCCCAGUCCACUCUAGAGCACUGCACGAAGAAAGGCAAGGAGGUCCAGCAAAUUGUUGAUGACCACGUUGCUGAUUUCUUGUACGAGAACAAUAUUCCGCUGAACGUGGUCAACUCAAGAAGCUGGGAGAUCAUGUUGGAGUCGAUAGGGCAGUAUGGUCCUGGCUACCGUGGCCCAUCGUACCACGACAUUAGGGUUCCGUGGCUUGAAAGGGCUGUCGAGAGGACAUCAUUAAUGACGGCGAAGCAUGAAGAAUCGUGGAAGGAGUAUGGCUGCUCAUUGAUGUCAGAUUCAUGGACAGAUGUUAGAGGACGUCAUCUAAUCAACUUUUUGGCAAACAGUCCAGCAGGGACACACUUUUUGUGCUCUAUUGAUGCAUCAAGUGAGAUAGCUAAUGCCAACAUGUUGGCAGAUUUGCUAGAAAAUCAGAUUGACAAAAUUGGCAGAGAAAAUGUAGUGCAAUUAGUAACUGACAAUGGAGCAAACUUCAAAGCUGCUGGCAGGCUUCUUAUGGAGAGGAUUCCACAUUUGUUUUGGACACCGUGUGCUGCCCAUUGUUUGGAUUUGCUGCUGGAGGACAUUGGGAAGAUUAAGUACUUCAACACUUGCAUCAACCAAGCAAAGAGGGUGUGUCGGUUCCUAUACAAACAUGGGAGGCUGCACAACCUUAUGAGGCAAAUGAUUGGAGGUGACCUUGUUAGGCCCGGUAUUACUAGGUUUGCCACGUCUUUUCUCACCCUGGCUAGCAUGCUCAAGCAUAAGAAUGGUUUGAAGAGUGUGUUUAUUAGUAACGAAUGGCAGCAAAGCAAGUUCUCCACCAGUCAAGAAGGCAUCCAAGCUGAAAAUAUUAUCCUCUCUACAGAGUUUUGGAAUAGUGUUGAGUUCUGUCUACGAGCUUCUCAACCAAUUCUCAUUGCCCUAAGGAUUGCUGAUGGUGAUGAGACACCUGCUGCUCCAGAGAUUAUGGCAGCUAUGGAUAAAGCAAAAGCCACCAUCAAAGAGGCAUUAAAAAAUAAGGGCAAAUUACUUGCAGAAGUAAUCUCAUGUUUUGACAAAAGGUGGGAAAGUCAGAUGGAGCAGAAGCUGUACGGGGCAGCCCUAUUUUUGAAUCCGGGCAAAUUCUUUGACAUAAGGGAAAAGGACAGGAGGCAGGCUGCAAGGCUAAGAUCCAUGUUUAACGAUGUUAUGUGGAAGAUGAUCAGUAAUGAAGAUGAGCAAACAAAGAUUAGUAAGCAAGCAGAUGACUAUGAAAGGUCCGAAGGGGAAUGCUUCUCGAAGGCUGGAGCAAUAAGAGAUAGGGGGAAAAAAUCCCUGUAAGUUUAUUUCUAAAUUCUCUUUGUAUUAACUGAAAUAUGCAGUUUAUGUGUUUGCGACUAAACUUACAAUGUUUGUCUACUUCAGUGCUAUGGUGGGGUGCAUAUGGAGGGUUUGCUUUCGAACUACAAACCCUUGCAAAAAGAGUUAUAAGCCUCUGUUGCUCGGCCUCUGGUUGUGAGAGAAACUGGAGUGAAUUUUCAGCAAUCCACACCAAGAAGAGGAACCGGCUAGAGCAUCAAAGGUUAUGCAAGUUGGUCUAUGUGAGCUACAACAGGAAGAUGAACAACAGAUUUACAAAGAUAAGAGAGCAAGGUUCAAAGGGAACGAAAAGCAACCCACUAGUGCUUGAAGAGCUUUUGUGGGAAAAUGAGUGGGUUCAGGAGUCUGAAGAAGGUGAGGAGCUUUGGAGUGCAGUAGAUGAAGUUUUAGGUGCAACUCAAGCUACCCAGGGCAGAAACUUGCCUAGGGCAGCAGCUACACGUGGUGGGAGGACCUACUCCGAGACCUAUGUUAGGAGUAGGAAGCGCCAAAAAGUUACAGUGGCUCAGGACUUGCAGCAAGGAGAUGGCAGUGGCAGUGACAGUCACAACGAAAAUGAUCAUCGAGAGCCAACUCAAAAUGACCAAGAUGCUGCAGAAAAAGCGAUUGAUGAUGAAGAAGAAUCUGGAGCUGCUGGUGAUCAAUUCAAGCUGGAUGAUGAUCUCAUAUAGCCAUAUAGGUGUUUCCUUCUUGGACCUUGGUCAUACUCUACUAAUCUACUGGUCUAGUAAGUUGUAGACUUGCAGUUUCAUAGUCUUAUAUAAAUAAUAAACUUGUUGUUGUGCUGUUAUGGACUAUUUAAGUAUUUAUACUGCUGCAAGCCUCUAUACUAUAUAAUUAUAUAUCUAUAUAUAGUGUUAUAUAUGACUAUAUGUCUAUAUAUAUAUAUAUAUAUAUAUAUAUAUAUCAUAUAUGUCCUGGAAUACACAGGACGACCAGGGGGACGAUUAGGGUCGAUCAGGGGCGACUAAUCGCCCUGAUCGACGCCUAAUCGCGACUAAUCGCCUGAUCGCCCAGUGGCUUCGAUCAGG